AUGAUAACUUCAAAUGUGACAGCUGCCCAGAUAGCAGCAUGUGGUACUUUGACAUUCUCAGGUGUUAUUCUACCAACCACUGCUCAACAACAGACUCCAGCCAGUCUGGUACCUACCGACGAUCAGGUUCGUUUUCGUUUAUCGACCAGUCCGAAAGCCAGCAUGUCUAGCAUGAUGGGUCUUCAGUCGCCGAAAUGUCUGGUAGGUCCAUCGCAGGACCAUUUGAAUAAGAAACAAACCCUAGGGUCCCACACUCGACAUUCCUUUCCAAGGUGGUUGAUGCUGAAUGAAUGCAGUACAACGGAAAAAAAAGUCUUGGAAGAGGAAGAUAUACAUGUUGCUGUGUUGACUGAACACUGGUUGAAGGAAAAUCAUACUGAACAACUAAUAGUGCAGAACUUUGCCUUGGGUGCCCAUUAUUCUAGACCAAAUGGAUAUGGUGGAGUUCUGAUCCUUCACAGAGAUGACUCAAAAAUGUUGCCACUGGAGUGUGUGAGGAAAUACUCUGUGGAAAAUCACAUUGAAUUGGCUGGAGUUUAUGAGAGACUUCAUAGAAAAAUUAUAAUUGGGGUAUACAGACCACCACAAGGAGAUUUUGAGGUGUUUCUGACAAAUUUUCGGUCCUGUUUGGAUGAGUUGGGGUGCAUGAAUCUGGGUUAUGAAGAAAUCUAUGUUGCUGGAGACUUCAACAGUGACUUAAUAAGAUGCAAUACAAAUGGAAGAAACCUGCAGAAUCUAAUGGGUGAGUUCAAUCUCCAUGCUAAAUUCAAUGAACCUUCUAGAGUAUCAAUUGAAACUACAUCUUUAAUUGAUAAUAUAUAUUCAAAUAGUGAUACAGACUCUGAUCCAUGUACGAUAGAACCACAUAUUUCGGACCAUAGAGGACAGGUGUUACGAUGUUCUGGUAUGUUAAUGAAACCUAAGAAAAGAAAAAGUAAAUCAGUAAGAAAUCUGGGUAAACAAAGUUUAGAUCGAUUCAUUGAGGUACUCUCAAGUCAGUGCUGGGAUUUCGUAUAUUCCGACUUAUCUGCGGGACAGAUCUUUGACAGGUUCUGGGCCCAAAUUCUAGAGAUCUAUGAGUUAACUUGCCCUCAAAAGGUUUUGAAAGUUGAGAGAGGAUAUUGGGUGUCAAAGCUGAAGAAAAACAGGGAGAUCAAGGAAUUGAAGAACAGGUUAGAUGCGCUUUCAGUGAUACAUCAUAUAAAAGGAGAUUCAGAUAGUGGAAAAGCAUAUAAUGUUUGUAAAAGAUUGUACAGGGAAAAAUUGGUUGAAAUAAAGAGGAAAGACAAUCUUAGAAAAAUUAAGAACUCAUCAAACAAAACCAGGGAAAUAUGGACGGUUAUAAGGGGUAAUCAAGGAAAAAAUAAACAGCAUGAUGAAGCAGAAAUAAAUCCUAUGACCUUCAACGAACAUCUUUUGAAAAUAGGUAAAGAUAUUGAGAAAAACUGCCCAAAAGUUGACGUUAGUUCUGGAGACCUACGGAAAAAAGCAGGAAAAUUCAUGCGAAAUUCAUUUUUCCUAAGAGAAAUAACUGAAAUAGAUGUCCUGAAGAUAGCGAAGAAGCUCAAGGGUAAAAAAUGUAGAGAUAUCUAUGACAUGUCACCGAGCAUGUUGAAGCUGAUCAUUCCAAGUAUAGCAGAGCCUUUGGCAGAGAUUAUAACGAGAUGCUACAGUGAAGGUUAUUUUCCUGAUCAGUUAAAACGUGCCAAAAUAAUUCCUGUAUUCAAAGGAGGAGAUAAAUCUGAACCUUCAAACUACAGGCCUAUUUCAAUACUCCCAAGCCUCUCCAAAAUAUUCGAGAUUGCUUUGAAGGAUAGACUUUCGGAAUUUUUCACGAAGUACAAUAUUAUAUGUCACGAACAACAUGGCUUCCAAGAAAAUAAGUCCACAAGUACAGCAAUAACUUCGGUACUGGUUGAGGUUGCAGAUGCUUUGGACUCAAGAAAGAAGUGCAGGCUGAUGGCAUGCGAUCUGAGUAAGGCGUUUGAUACCCUUAAACAUGAUAUCUUGCUGCAGAAGUUGGAGAGCUAUGGCAUUAGAGGUGUCCCGCUGAAGUUGAUCAGUAGUUACUUGCAAAAUAGAUAUCAAAGAGUUUGUAUUCAGGAUGAGUACUCGGACUGGGGAUGUGUGGAGUGUGGAGUUCCUCAAGGGUCCAUACUGGGGCCUCUAUUAUUUUUGAUAUACAUGAAUGACCUACCUCCAAAUGUUAAAUCACACAGCACAGUGCUCUAUGUUGAUGACACUUCAUUCCUCACAAUUGGUACUACUGAAGAAGAGCUCAAAGAUAUUUCAUCAAAGAUCCUCGAACAGGCUGAACUAUGGUUUAGUGCAAAUAAGUUCAAAAUAAACAAGGAAAAGACACAAUAUCUCACCUUUGAAACUAAACCCGCGACUGAGAUGAACCUGAAAUUCCUGGGUAUAUAUCUGGAACCGAAUUUGAAGUUCUGGAAACACAUAGAAGAAUUAGAAAAGAAAUUGUCAGUAGCUACUUACCUCAUUAGAAGAUCUAAACAAUUGGCAGGAAAGCAAGCAGCCAAAAUCGCUUAUUAUGGAUAUUUCAGUAGUGUUUUGAAUUAUGGGUUGCUGUUUUGGGGUGGUGGACCUGAAAUGAAGAAGAUUUUUACAAAACAAAAAAAUGCAAUUCGUAUAUUGUGUGGAUUGGGGAGUGCUGAAAGCUGUAGGAGUUACUUCCAAGAAGAGAACAUACUCACACUCACCUGUUUGUACAUACUCUCCUGCAUCCUAUACAUCCACGACAACAAGGAGAAACUGACGCGAAAUGGAGAGUUCCACAAUUACACCACAAGGAAUGCGAGGAACUUUUCAACACCAUAUCAUAGGGUCGCGGCGACUCAGCUAAGCAUUAACCAUGAGGCCAUACAAGUAGGAGUUAGAGUUUUUGCCCACGAACAAUUCCAAAGAGAGACGAUUGGAGUAAUAAACCAAUAUGGAGAAGAAACGCGCGAGAACAAUCCGAAAACAGACAGCUCCCAAUAUUUCCAUUUCCAUCCCUUGUUCUACCAGCCAAACCCGGACAAACAAAUGGAAUAA